UGACUCAUAAAGGAUACACAGCAUGAGUAAAAAUAAACCUUUAUAGCCUUAAGGGAUUUUGAGGUUGUUUGUUACUGCAACAUCACCUAGCCUAUCCCUACCCGGUUUAUACCAAAGCUCACAAAAUGCUAAAGCUUAAAGGAGAAUUGAGAGCUGCCAAGGGACUGAAAGGUGAGGCGGGGGAGAGAGAGAGAGAAGUGAGCAGCCUGAACAGUAAGCUCCUGAGCCUACAACUUGACAUCAAGGAUCUGCAUGAUGUCUGUAAAAGGCAAGGGAAGACUUUGCAGGAGAACCAGCUUUGUGUGGAGGAAGCCCUGAUGGACAGCAGCCACAACAAGAAGCAGGCACAGACAUUAGCGUUCGAGGAGUCCCAGAUAGAUUUUGGGUCUACUAAAGCGUGUCAUCUGAGACAACUUCAGCAACUGAAGAAGAAGCUGCUGGCCCUUCAGCAAGAAUUGGAGUUCCGCACCGAUGAGUUGCAAACCUCCUACUGUUCUCUCCUGCAGUAUCAGUCCAUCCUGGAGAAGCAAACAUCCGACCUGGUUCUCCUGCACCAUCACUGCAAGCUGAAAGAAGAUGAGGUGAUUCUCUAUGAAGAGGAAAUGGGAAACCAUCCUGAGAACACAGGAGAGAAGCUCCAUUUGGCGCAGGAGCAGCUUGCCUUGGCAGGGGACAAGAUUGUCUCUCUAGAAAGAAGCUUAAACCUCUACAGGGAUAAAUACCAGACUUCCCUGAGCAACAUCGAGCUCCUGGAGUGCCAAGUGAAGAUGCUAGAGGGGGAGCUCAGCGGGCUCAUCAGUCAGGAGCCAGAGAACAAGGGUGAUCACCCAAAGGUGCGGAUAUACACUUCUUCCUGCAUGAUUCAAGAGCAUCAGGAGACCCUGAAACGACUAUCUGAAGUCUGGCAAAAGGUCUCUGAACAGGAUGACCUAAUCCAGGAGCUUCGAAAUAAACUAGCCUGCAGUAACGCAUUGGUCCUGGAGCGUGAAGAGGCUUUGAUAAAAUUACGAGCAGAUUUUGCUUCCUACACAGCCACACACAGGCAUCCUCCUAGCUCAUCAGAAGACUGCGAAGACGUAAAAACGAUCCUGAAGCACCUGCAGGAGCAGAAGGACAGCCAGUGCCUGCAUGUGGAAGAGUACCAGAACCUCGUGAAGGACCUGCGCAUGGAGCUGGAAACCGUGUCGGAGCAGAAGAAAAACAUCAUGAAGGACAUGAUGAAGCUGGAGCUGGAACUGCACGGGCUGCGGGAGGAGACCUCCGCCCACAUUGAGAGGAAGGACAAGGAGGCCGCCAUCUUGCAGCACCGGCUGCAGGAGCUGCAGCUGCAGUUCGCAGAGACACAGAAGCUCGCUUUGAAGAAAGACAAGUUCCUCCAAGAGAAAGAUGAAAUGCUGCAUGAGCUAGAGAAGAAGCUGGGCCAGGUUCAGAGCUGUCUCAGGAAGAAGGAGAUGGAGGUGGAGAAGCAACAAUGUAUGGUGAAGGAACUCGAAAUGACCAUGAAGGAGACCAAGCAGGACGGGAACAAGGUGGAGUGCGAGGCCCUGCAAGCUGAGGUCCAGAAUCUCAGGGACAGCCUCGAGGAGGCCCAGCAGCAGCAGAGGCUGGCAGCUCAGCAAGCAGCACAAUAUAAGGAAAAGGCCAGGCUGGCAGAGAACAGCCUGGAGGAUGCUGAGAAGAAACUGAAGAACUUUAUUUACCAGGAUAAGCAGAAGGAAAACACCAUCCAGGAGCAGCAACGAGAGCUGCAGAAGCUGCAGAAGGAGUCCUUACAGGCUAAAGAAGAACUCUUACGCCACAGGAAACAGGUGGAGGAGCUAACCUCAGAACUCGCUGAGGCCCAGAAGAAGUUGGAAAAUGCAGACAAGGAAAGGAAGCAGCUUCAGAAGAUGCUGGCUGAGGAGGAAGUAAAAAUGAAUGAAAUGCAAGAUCAGAACAGACACCUUCAGCACCAGCACAGGGACCUACUGUCUGCCAAAAACAAGCUGGAAGAUGAGCUCCAGGAGGCCAAGAGACUAGUGGAAGAGAAAAAAGACCAGUUGAAAAAGAGCAAAGAACAGGGGAAGUUGCUGGAGGAAGAACUCGAGACUCUUCGACAGGAAGAAAAAAGAAAGGAAAAGACGUUUAAAGAGAAUAUGAGAAAGCUAGAAGGGGAAAACGAGAAUCUCCGAGAAGAGAUAGUGCGGUAUUCUACGCAACUGGAAGCCUCUAUCAGCAAGUACAACGCCAGUCAGCAAGUCAUUCAAGAGCUGAACAUACAGAUAUCCCACCAGAAGGAGUCCAUAACAAGCCUGCAAGCCAAGCUAGAGCAGGCUGUGCAAAAGGAGAAGCAUUAUCUCCAGACCAUGGUCACCAAAGAGGUCUAUGAAGACCUAUCCAGGAAGUCAGCUGCCUGCCAAGAUGACCUCACACAGACGCUGGAGAAGCUCAAUCAUGCAACCUCAGAGACAAAGAGCCUGCAGCGAAACUUGUUACAGACCCAAGAGAGGAAAGCUCAGCUGGAAGAUGAAAUUGUUGCUUAUGAGGACAGAAUGAAAAAGCUCAAUGUGGAAUUAAGAAAAUUGCAAGGCUUCCACCAGGAGAGUGAGAUCGAGGUGCACGCCUUCGACAAGAAGCUAGAGGAGAUGAGCAACCAGGUGAUGCAGUGGCAGAAGCAGCACCAGAACGACCUCAAGAUGCUGGCCGCCAAAGAGACCCAGCUCAGGGAGUUCCAGGAGGAAAUGGCCACCCUGAAGGAGAACCUGCUUGCAGAUGAGAAGGAGCCCUGCUGCCUGCCCGCACAGUCUGUGCCCAAAGACCCCUGCAGACUCCACCGAGACAACGAUCAGAUUAUGUCCAACAUGGAGCAGUGGGCCAAAGAGCAGAAGAUUGCCAAUGAGAAACUGGGAAACAAGCUCCGUGAACAGGUCAAAUACAUCGCUAAGCUGACAGGUGAAAAGGACCACCUCCACAACGUGAUGGUCCACCUGCAGCAAGAAAACAAGAAGCUAAAGAAUGAGAUAGAAGAAAAGAAAAUGAAGGCUGGGGCCACGAGGCUGUGCAGAGCCCUAGGCCCGAGCAAACUGGAGCCCAUACAAAGGGGGAAAGUGUGUGGUGCGUUGGGCUGGAGGGAGACCUCCCAGGACACAGGCCAGAGGAUGGACCUCACCAAGUAUGUUGGAGUGCCACCGUGUUCAGGCUCCUCCUACUGCUAGAAUCAGCCUGUUUCCCUGACCAUCAUUUCUGUGCAAGUUUCCAGAGGACAGUGAUUUCCCAUCAUUCCUGACUUGGAUCAGCCCUUCCUGGAAUAUAUCAAGGUCCCAGCUGAUUUUGCAAGAUGCUAACAUUUUAUUGAGUUCAGUCCUCUUUGUGCCGGGGAGUGAGCAAGUCAUGAAACCACACUUCCACCCCCAGGCCCAAUCUCUACAAUAAAGACAUGACACAGCGGU